AUGAUGGAGGACGUGCACUGCGCGCUGCGCGACAAGGAACUGCAGCUGCCCCCCUUCCGCGCCCAGUCCCCGCUGCUGAAGAGCCGCCGCGUGUUCGUGGGCCUCGUGACGCUGCUCAGCAGCCAGCGCCGGCUGAGCCCCGCCGCCCGGCACCUGGCCGUCCACCUGCUGGACCACUUCCUGGCCCGCCGCGCCGUCACCUCCGCCCGGCAGCUCUGCGCCCUGGCCGUGGCCUGCCUCCUGCUGGCCAGUAAGUUUGAGGACAGGGAAGACCGCGUGCCCAGGCUGGAGCAGAUCCGCGGCGCGAGGCUCCCGGGCGGCCAGAGCUGCUCCCUGGGCAGGAAGGAGCUGCUGAGCGCCGAGCCGGCGCGCGUCCUCGAUGCCUUCGGCUGGAACCUCUGCCUGCCCACGCCCGCCCACUUCCUGGACUUCUACCUGGGGGCCGCCGGCUGCCCCCCAGCCCCCCACUGCCACCCCUGGCCCGCCACCCGCUCCCGCCAGGCCCAGGCGUGCCUCCGGGAGGACGCCCACUGCUUCCUGGAGGUCACCCUGCAAGAUCACGUGUUCUACGCGUUCCAGCCCCGCAUCUGCCUGCGGCUCCGGCCGUGCUGGACCCCAGGCCUGCAGAGGAUCUCCAAGUACUCCCUGGAGCACCUGGCCUCGUGCAUCGAGCUGCUGCUGCUAGCGUACGACAACAUCCUCAAGGACGCCAUCACCGUCAAGAGCCAGGCGUCGGCCGGGGUGCCCGGCACGCCCCCCCCCACCCAAGUGCUUUUCCAGCUGCCCGCGUGCCCUGCCCCGGGCCAGCCCACGCGGGUCACGCUGGCCGAGACCCACAGCCCCGCGCACGAGCCGGGCCCGGCUUCCCGGGACUCUCGGCAGACCCCCCCCCCCCCCCCGCACACCUCCUCCUACCCCGCCCUACGGCCCCGGGGGGUGUGCCCCGCGCCCGCCUCCCUGGGCACAGCGGCCGAGCCCAGACAUGGCCUGGCAGCCGCCACGUACGGAGCUGGCUACGUCGUGGGGGGACCCCUGCUCCCCACGGGCUGCUUUGACAGAUAG